AUGGGCCCAUUUCAUACCGUGCUUUUAAGCCUGCUCGCUCUGCGAUCGUGGCGUUUCUGUCUAGCGGACGAUAACGGGAGCUCGCUGGCGUCGCUGAUGGUCAAUAAAGACACCACUGGGUUGUACUAUGUGAAUGCGUCCGUGGGCACUCCAGAACAAUUCCAGAUGCUCCGGCUGGACGUAGCGCAACCCUAUACGUGGUUUCUAUCUCAGCAGCUCAAAAACAGUCGUCUAGCAGACGACGAAACGGACACACAGGCUUCAACUUUCUACAGUUCUGAUAACAGUUCCACUGCCCACCCAUUGUUCGGCAGCCAGAUCCGCAGCUACGACCUGAUAGAUCGCAUUUCUUUCAAUGCAACUGCCUAUAUGGACACCGUGCAGCUGCUGGCUAUGAAUUCCCUGCCGGCCUCCAGUUCUGAAACGUCCAGUAACAGUUCUGUCGCUUGGCGCUCCAACUCCAGCUCGUUGUGGUUCCAAAACUAUGCGUUUUUCGAUGCCACAGAGGUAACUUACAAUCUGACACAGGGAGCCUUGGGUUUGGGAGGAAAGAUCAACCAUCCCGGCAGUCCCCUCGAUUCCUCUCAAUACAACGAGUCGUUUUUCUUCCUAGAUCAGAUGCUCAAUAAUGAUUUGAUCAGCGCGGCGUCUUACUCACUCUGGCUUGGAGCAGAUACCGCCGAUCCCUUAGGGUCUUUAACGGACAGUCUUAACAACUGCGGCAAAAUCAUUUUAGGCGGUGUUGAUCGUUCUCUGUAUACAGGCGAUUUCGUCAAGUUCGAUACCGUGCCGUAUCUCGAAAAAGAUUCAGGAGCGUCUUCGCGUGGAUACCCUAUCAUUCCACUUAAUAAAGUGAGUGUCCGCUCAGAAUCAGGCCAAGUCUUGAAUAUGACUUCAGAUCACUUUCUCGAGCCAGUGCUGCUUGACUCCCGCUACCGCUACAACUACCUGCCACUCAGUCUCAUCGUUCAAAUAGCGAUGCAAUCCAAUGCUUACUACGUCGAGUCCCUAGAUAGGUGGUUGCUGGCUUGCGACGUGGCUUCUUUGAAUGCCUCCAUUCUUUUCCAAUUUGGUAAUUUGAUCAUUAAUGUCCCGCUACGAGACUUGAUGGGUCCUACCUAUGAUUUUGCUACUAACGGGUCUCUACAUUUCUCAAAUUCACAGCCUGCUUGCGAGUUGCGACUCCUGCCCAAGACUGACAUUGGUCUAAGCAUCCUUGGUGGACCCUUCUUGAAAAACGUCUAUAUGGCAGCUGAGCUGGAUAGUUAUCAAAUUGCAUUGGCUCAAGCGUCCACUUUACUAAGAACGACAACUUCAACCACGACAGUAAAGUCUUCUACCUCAUCGCAUGCUACCUCCAGCGCGCAGAGCGCCAACGGCAGCGGCCAGUCUCCAUUCGAACACCGGGCUGCCCUCUCCACGGAUAACCCAUCAGCAAUUAAAUCAGGCACAAUUCCGUUCGCAACCACAAACAACUAUUCUUCAUAUGACACGUUGGUCCUGUAUGCAUCGACAGCGCAACCCGUUGACGAUAACACUUUAAUAAACCAGUUCACCGCUACCAUAUCGUCGGACGGUGUCAUUUUCACAGGGAGGUCUUUUUACAAUACAAGCUACACAACAGUCCCCUCGCUCUCUACAAGUGGUGGUCCAAAACAUCGCAAUAAUGCUGCCAAGAAGCAAAUUUUGAACGUUCAAAUACCGACUCCAAUACAGACGUAUACCACACUGAUCCCGCUGAUAACAAUUGCGAUUUUCGCGCUGCUGGCAUAG